AGAGGCUGAAUGGGUACAGGAACUAUGAGAGCCUCUCCAGGUCGCACGAGUUGUUGGAUUCGGAGUGCAAACAAGUGGAUAAAAAGAGCACAUUCUAUGAUUUCUGUUUCAACACAAGACUUGCCAGGACAAUGGUAGUUCAUUUUCAGGUAUAUAUCUUUUACAAUUGCAUUGGUUUCCACUUCCCAGAAUUUGUAAAACAAUUCAUGGUAAUGCCAAGUGAUCCUGAAGGCUGUUGGAUUGAGUAAGAAAUUUUGGAGUUUAUGAUUGUCAAUCAUGACAAUCAACAUAAUGCUUAGCAAUUUUGAGGAAAAGGAUGUGCAUCAAACUGGGACAAGAGUGUUUUUUUUUGCCCCUUCAAGUCUUGCUUGUCGCAAGAUGUUGUUGUUUUUACCCUUGCUUAUUUUUUCAUAAUGCAUUGCAUUUUUGCAUAUCCAGAGUCAUUUACAACAAAAGGGGAUUUAGUCAGACAAUCAGUCUGUCUAUGCGAGUAAGAAGGAUAAACAGUUCAUAGAAAAAAACAUAGAUCAGAACGGCUGAAAUGUUCAUUCUACAAAUGUUAGCCACUUGCAUUUACACCCUUCUUUUUUGUAGAUGUUACGAUAUUUUUGAAGGUUUGACUGCUUUCCGUUUCAGUAGGACAGCACUGCAACACUAUCCUUUCACCAGGGCCCAUAAGCAGGUGGACGAGCAUCCUCAGCGGCCGGCGUUGUUGUCAGGACAUCUGUGGAAUAUGCUGAGGGACCUUGUUUGGGCCACAUCCAAGCAUGAUGUCUACAUGUCACAGAAUUAUUCAGUGAUGCACUGGUCUUCCCUUCUUCAAAGAGGGGAGGAAGUGCUCAAUGUGAUAGACCAUGUAUUUCCAAAGCAGAAGGUCCGUGGAGCCCGGCCAUUGUUCAGAAUGCAGAUCUGCUCCAUGGCCGUAAGAGACAAUCUCAUGGUAGCAGGUGGUUUCCGUGGUGAACUGGUUUGCAAGUACAUUGAUCAACCUGGAGUGGCUUUCUGUACAAAUGUCACUGAAGAUGAUGAUAACAUCACCAAUACUGUAGAUGUGUACGAGUCUCCUAAUGGCUCAACACGAGUGAUGGCUGGCAACAAUGACCGUGUCGUCAGAGUUUUCGAUACUGAGAGGUUCAGUGUACUUAGCCACUUUGCAUUCCCAUGGUCGGUCAAUGACACAUUAGCUAGCCCUGAUGGUAAGCUUGUCGCUGUUCUUGGCGAUAGUUCUGACUGCCUGAUAGCUGAUCUUCAAUCUGGCAAGGAGAUCGCGAGCCUCAAGGGGCACCUGGACUACUCGUUCUCCUCAGCCUGGCACCCCGACGGCCGCGUCCUCGCCACGGGGAACCAGGACACCACCUGCCGGCUGUGGGACGUCCGCAACCUCUCGCGGUCCUUGGCGGUGCUCAAGGGGAGGAUCGGCGCCGUCCGGGGCCUCAAGUUCUCCUCGGACGGCCGGUUCCUGGCGAUGGCGGAGGCCGCGGACUUCGUCCACGUCUACGACUCGCACGCCGGUUACUCGGAGGAGCAGGAGAUCGACAUCUUCGGGGAGAUCGCCGGCGUGUCGUUCAGCCCGGACGCGGAGGCCCUAUUCGUCGGGGUCGCCGACCGGACGUACGGCAGCCUGAUCGAGUUCGGCAGGAGGCAUCGCUACGACUACUUGAACUCGUAUCUAUGAAGCUGCAAGGGUCAAGGGAUGUCAGUGUGUACAAAAUGCAAAAUACAUAGUGGUAUGGUCGUUGUGUUUGCCAAAGGCAUAGGUGCAUGCUGUGUGCGCCUUUCUCGAAUGCUUUUGUAAGGAAAGGAUGUCAGUACAUGAUUUCGAAUGCUUAAUGAUGAGAGUCGCUAUGCUAAUGUUUUCCCGGCACCA